GUAGCAGGCUCCUGUGCUGCCAUUCUUCAUCAUCGGGACUGUAUUGCCAAGAAGCCCAGGUAUCCCCUUGAGACCUGCACCGACCCCGCCGACCCCUUGCCUUCCCACCUGUUGCUGUUUCUGCCUUGGGUGCAUCUUGUCUCCAAAGCAAUGAGGAUCCUCACUUUUCUGCUCGGCCUGAAGACUCUGUGGGUUUUGGCCUUUUCUUCUCUGUCCAACACCAUCGCAGUGAAUAACAGCGGCAAAUGGUGGGGGAUAGUGAAUGUGGCUUCUGCAGGGAACGUGCUUCCUGGAUCAGAUGCUCGGCCUGUUCCUUUGGUGCUAGAUCCAAGCCUGCAGCUACUUAGCCGGAGGCAGAAACGUUUAAUUCGCCAGAACCCAGGAAUACUUCAGAGCAUAACCCGAGGCCUACACAGUGCCAUCCGAGAGUGCAAAUGGCAUUUUAGGAACCGACGCUGGAACUGCCCAACUGGAACUGGAAACCAAGUUUUUGGAAAGAUAAUUAACAGAGGCUGCAGAGAAACAGCUUUUGUAUUUGCCAUCACCAGUGCAGGAGUGACUCAUUCUGUAGCUCGCUCGUGCUCAGAAGGUUCCAUUGAGUCUUGCUCAUGUGACUACCGGAGAAGAGGUCCUGGAGGUCCAGACUGGCACUGGGGUGGAUGCAGUGACAACAUUGAAUUUGGCCGGUUCAUUGGAAGGGAGUUUGUGGACUCCAGUGAGAGAGGGAGAGACCUGAAAUACCUGGUAAAUCUGCACAACAACCAGGCUGGCAGAUUGACAGUGCUAACAGAGAUGCGUCAGGAAUGCAAGUGUCAUGGAAUGUCAGGAUCCUGCUCCCUCAGGACGUGCUGGAUGCGGCUUCCCCCCUUCCGUUCAGUUGGGGAUGCUUUGAAGGAUCGUUUUGAUGGAGCCUCUAAAGUCACCUACAGCAACAAUGGCAGCAAUCGAUGGGGUUCUCGCAGUGACCCACCUCACCUAGAACCUGAAAACCCCACACAUGCUCUGCCAUCAUCCCAGGAUCUUGUCUAUUUUGAGAAGUCUCCUAACUUCUGCAGCCCUAGUGAAAAGAAUGGAACUCCUGGAACCACAGGGCGAAUAUGUAACAGCACUUCAUUGGGACUAGAUGGAUGUGAACUCUUGUGCUGUGGUAGAGGAUACCGGAGUCUGGCUGAAAAAGUCACUGAACGGUGCCAUUGCACAUUUAACUGGUGUUGUCAUGUCACCUGCUUGAACUGUACUAGCUCACAGAUUGUCCAUGAGUGCUUGUGAUAUCC